AUGUCACAAGAAAAAAUAUUAGAUCUUAAUGAAUUCAUACAAAAUCCAAACGAUUGCUCAGAAUUAUUUAAAAUUUGGGAUUCUCAAAGAUCUAAUCCUUCAUUAAAAUCUAUCGGAACCAUUAUAAUUCGUAGAAUUAUCAGGAAUUAUAUGAAAACAAUUGAUCGAAAUUUAAGUUCUGAUCGAUUACCAUUAUGUCAAUCAACAUUGAGACUAUUGAUAAUGAUGAACUCACAUGAUAUUUCAACCACAAGAGAAUUACAAGAAACAUUCCAUUUUAACUUAAAGGUAUUUUCAAAAUUAGUAAAUAUUAGAAGAAAAGAUUCCCAAAAUAUUUCACGACAGAUGCAACAAGAUGAAACUAAGAAUUUUGCAAAUUUAAUAUUUAAAGGCUUAUCUCAAGAUAGUUAUGAGUUUGUAGAAGAAAUUUUUCAAACUUUUUAUAAUUAUAUAAUUUUAGAUAAUAAAAUUGGUAUAAAAUCAAAACUCGCAUUUUUCAAUAGAGGAUUAUUAAACCAACUUUUAAAUCUUUAUUCUAGAUCUGAAACAGAUUUACCAGAAUCAAAUAAAUUUAUUACAGACCUAGCACACAAAUUUCUAUUAUCAAUCUGUUGUACACCAGGUGUUGGUAUUUGUUUUCAAGAUGAAGGAUGGUAUCCUUAUGUACACAAUAGAUUAUUAUCUUACUUCAUCAAAUCUUUGAAACCAACUCAACACUUGAAACAACAAGAAUUAUUGCUGAAAAUUUUAGAAACUUGCCCUGAAUUAAUUCCAAUAUUUCUACAAUCUGCAACUCUUUUAUUAGAACCUUCUAUUUCAUACAAAUGGCUUGCAAAUAUCACAUUACUACAAAAAAUUAUUGCUUUGCCUGUUCCAGCUUUUUACAUUCCAGGAACUACCCAGUAUCCUAAUAUUACUCCAGAGAUUUCAACUAUAAUGCAAAACAUUCUUCCGCAAAUGCUUGAUCGUGUCAUUUUGAACAAAUGUUUAAAUCAUAACAGUAACUUGGUCAAAUAUAAAAUAUUAGUUUUGUUAUGUUCAGCUUUACAAAAAUUUGGUAAUGUUAUAAAAUCAUUUAGAAAAAUAAUCGAGGAAUUAGAAUCUGAUAAAACGCUUGCACCAUUAUUAAUAUCAGAAAAAUGGAAAGAAAUAAUUAAUUGUUUAUUUGAAGAAUUAAAAUGUAGAAUGCCUGAUAUUCAAAUAUUAUUAAGAAUGUAUAAUAGGACUUCUGCUACUGAUAAUAAUGUUAAUAAUUCAAGCAUGACUCUUGACAAUAUUCCAAGUGAAGAUGAAGAAGAUGAGGGUGAGGAUGAUGGUGCAAAAAUAAGAAAUGAAUUGAUGCAAGAAAUUAUUUUGAGACUAAUUAAAUAUUAUCAUCAGUAUUUACCGGAAGCAGUUAUUGAGUCAAAAUUUGAUUUAGGCAAAUUAAUUCCAGGAAAUUUGGUGGAAGCUCCAUUAAUUUUUCAAAUCCAUUUCUUGGAAUUGUUGUUGCUCGUUCCUGACUUUAAUUGGCUGAAUAAGGUACCAAUGGAUUAUAAGAAUAAUUCAUCAUUGUUGUCAUUUAGUCAUCUGACAACCAUUAUAGAUUUGUUUAUCACCACCCCAUAUUCUGGAGUUUCUUUAGCUGCAAAACGUGUAAUUGACUAUUUUUUGGAAAAGUCGAUCUUAUUUAAACAUGAUCCAACUGAAAUCUCUUUUUGGCUCAAAAGUCUUCAGAUGUUAACAAUAAAUAUAGGAUCUACUGCUAAAGGCGAUUAUAAUGACAUGUUUAAAACUAAACAAAUCGUACUACAAUUUCUUGAUAACUGUAUAAUAAAGUAUUUGAAAGAUCCGUUUCCGUAUAUUGAUGAAAUCAGUCAACUUUCUAACGAAUUGGAAGAUAGAUAUCUACAAAAUGCUCUUAUUUCCAAAAAAAUACCUUACUAUUUUUAUCCAUUUAGUCCAUUGUUUAUUGUUCUUGUAAAAGAAUAUGAGGAUCUAAAGGGUGACAACCACUUGUUGCCUAUUACUCAUUUCCUACACAAUUUAUUCAAAAGUCUUUUAUGGAAACAACCUUUACCAGGUUAUCUUUAUUUCUAUGUAAAAAAGUUGAAAGGGAACGGAUCAGAAAGCUUUUUUGAUUUUGAUUAUAAAGAUAUUGUUAGUUUGUUAGAUGUUAUUGAUAAAAAAAUCCUUGAUAAUACUGUCGAGAAUUUGGAUUUUAUCAGAUCAACAGAAGGUUUAGAUCAGAACAAUAGUGAUAUUAGAGAAGAAGGUGAUGAUGAUAGAUGUUCUAAUGUAUUGAAAGAUUCCUUAAAUUUGAUAGUUGGAUGGCCUGUCUUCGAUGAGCUUUUCUUACUGAGAGAAGUCGAAAACCUAAAAGAAAAUCAAGUUCUCAUUAAAUUAUUGGAUGCUUUGGAUGAGUUUGUGGCAGAUCUUGUUGAAUAUUUUACUGAUAAAAAAAAUAUCAUUAAACAUAAAAAAUAUGAUAUAAACCGAUCAAACGAUUUAUCAAAAUUCAAGAUUAAAUUAUUGAAUCUUGUUUCUUUUGCAACUAAAAAAAACAAUCAAUCAAAAAAAAAGUACUUUACAAAAUUAUUAUCAGAUGACAAAUUUAUUUAUUUAUUUGAUAAGUUUUCAGAAUUCUGGGAAAAAGGUGAAUUAGUUGACCUGUUAGAAAAUAUCUUGAACAUAGAUCGAUCAACAAUUUCUUUUAUUUCAAAUAGCGGAUAUCUUAAUAGAUAUUAUAGAAUUCUUUUGAUUGUCUUUAAUAAAUUGUAUAAUCACCAUCAAUCCACUGCUUCCAUUAUAAAAUUAUCCGAUAAUUUAUAUCAAAAGUUGAUUUUUAUGUGGAAGAAUUAUCCAUCUUCCUUCUCCUCUUCUCACUCUUCAGAACUUGAUUUAAUAUUUUUACAAAUAGUAGAAAGUUAUAUGCCACCUGGACUAACACCAUCAUCGUCAUCAAGUUUGGAACAUCUGAAUUUACUACAAAAAAAUAAUAAUUAUAAAAGGUUGAUUGGUGAAUUGCCAAAGCAAAUAGAUAUUGAGGUUGUGGAAUACAUUCUUUCAGAUUUGAAUACGACAAGAACAAAAAUCCUGUCAUAUCUUGUCAUGAGAAAAGCAGAAUUUCUAGAUGUGUCUUUAUUGCUUACAUAUGUUUUAGAAAUUGUGUCUUCCACUACAAGCUCAACAACAAUCACUUGGUCAAAUCUUGCAACUGAUCACGAUAAAAAAGCUAUAAAAAUAUUAUCAAAACAAUAUUCUUUGAUAUUCUUUAAAAAGUUAACAAGUAGUAAUAAUAGUGGUGAAAUUUCAUUGAAUUCAAAAAAUUCAUUACAUUAUGUCAAUAUUAUUAAUAGUUUAUUGUCGUUGAGUCCUGAUAACGAAUUAAUCAAAACUCUAAAUCAAAUUAUUGAUAAUUAUUCUACGAUCGAAUUCAAUUUAAAUCACUUAACUAUUAUCGAAUAUUAUUUAAACUGUGAUGGUAACAUUGACAAUUUCACAAUCAAUCAACUCAGAAAAUUUAUUAUGGAUUGUUUACAUCAUGCAACAUUAUUUCUAGAAAAAGAUAAAUAUAAAGAAUAUGAUGGCGAUGAACAAGGAAUAUUAGUUGGAGGGAUAUUUACUAAAAUAGAAUCAUUGAUCAAACUAAUUAUUCCAAAGGUUAAAAAUCUAGAUGCAAAUAUUAUUGGCGAAUUUAUUUUUGUAUUGUUAGAGAAGAGAUUUGAAGAUUUUGUGAUUUUGAAUUGUGUGAGAAAUUUGAUAGUUUGUGAGUAUCGCAAAGAAUCAAAUGUUUUAGGUCCACCAUUGGAUAAAAUUCUUGAAGCUAUAUUUAAUAAUCCAAAAUUUAAACAUUUUACAACAACACCACUACCAGAAGAUGAUAAUUAUCAUGACGAUGAAGCAGUGAGACUUUCAAUAUUUUAUUUAAUAAACAAGAUUUUUCAUAUUGAUCCAAAAAAUUGCUGCAAGCCUGAUUAUCUGGAUUUACUUUUCACAUACUAUGGAGCGACCACAUCCUUGGUAGAUCAAUUGUUGCUUGAUAUUUAUAUUUUAUAUGAGAAAAUCACUAAAUUAUCAAUUGUAUCUAGUGCUAUGUAUUGGGGACCUGGAUCAAAUCGACAAAUGAGUAGACAGAAAUUGAUGGGACAAAGAGUUCUCGUUGAGACAUUAGGACUGAUUGAUCCUAAAAUAAUGAUCUAUAGUUAUACGCAUUUUCCAAUUGAUAAGGAUCUGUCCAUAACGUUUGAAAAGGAAGAAUUAGUGACAGUGAUUGAAAAUGAAUUAAAAGAAGUUACGGGAAGAAAAUGUGUAGGGGGCACAGCUAAUAAUAGCAAUAGAAAUAUUAUUAAAAUCCAAAAUCCGAAAUUGGCUCCAACAUAUGAUCCAUCAUUUUUCUUGCCAUUAUUUGCAAAUUUAAUAUCUUCAUAUGGGAAUCUAUUAGACUUUAGAAAACUUUUAGAGAUCAAUGCUUUGGGGUUUAUAGUAGUUUCACUUUCUUCUAAUAAUGAAAAUAUUAGAAAAGUAGGAUAUUAUUUGAUGGAUGAAGUCUAUUUAUUGUUGGAACAUACGGGCUUUCGAGAAAAAAGUCAAAUAUUGUUACUGUUGAAUUCUUUAAAAAAUUCUAUA